CAGGAGCAGGAAAUCCAAAAGACAAUCUCCCGAAAGUCUGACUGGGUUCCUGGGAGCUGUCUUCCUCUUGGCACCUGGGCUGGAAAUGGGGCAAAUUCACGAGUGGCUCCGGAGCCUGGGUUUCCUAACCUACUGCUGCCUAUGGAGGCAGUGGCCCGGCGAGCAGCAUCUUCCCCACACGCGAGCGACUUGUGUGAAGGGUCGCCGGUCAUUGGCAUUUGCAGCAAAAAAGGCCGGGCUCCGGAUGUUGCCGUUGGUACCCCCGUGGGCACUACCCCAGCUUCAAGGGCCGCAGUCUUGGCCAGGCUCACUGAUGCCAUCUCCAAAACAACAUCUGAUGACAUCGCAUUGGAGGAAAGAGAGGCGUCCAUCCAAGAGGCUGGCAGGAUUCUCACUGGCAAGGCCAUCCUCAAUUUGCCUUUGGCUUUGCGACAGGAAGUUGAGGUGUGGCACAGUCGCCAGCAAGAGAGGCUCCGUUUGGCCAAGAGCAUGGAGGCGGCCGUGAACCGGGCCACGUCCCUCGAGGCUGAGGCACCGCCAGUGGAUGCGCUUGGCAUACUCCUCUCUCGUGCCAAGUUGGCGGGAUCAGGUGAUCACGAGGCACUGUUAGCAGAAGCUGCUCGACGUGCCAGUGCCUUCCAAGAGGAGUUAGAUCGGCAGAGGUUGAAACUUCAAACACGGAGGAAAGUUGAUGAGGGCCACCAGCC